AUGUCCCGUAAAGUGGCAGAUAGAGACAUAGAAAAACUUCUGGCGGCUUUAGAUGAUGGAAAUAUUUCUGAGGAUGGCUUGGAAGAUGAAAGUGAAGAUGAAGAAACCUUUUUCGCUAAUGAAAGAGAAAUAAAUCGAGAGCUGGAAGACGAGGAUGUAGAGGAUCAUGAAGAUCCUAUCUAUAGUUAUCCACCACUGGUUCAAGAUUUGCCUGGCCCAUCAAGUCAAAUUAUUAUUUCAUUACCCAUGCAAGAAGAUCAUGAAAAUGAUGUAGAGUUUGAUAAAAGGAAACUCAUUUGGAAAAAAGACAGUUUGUUGUAUGACGAAUCGAAAUUAAUUCACAACCCAAGCACAACAGACUCUGCUAUAACUGAACUUGAUACACCAUAUAAAUGUUUUUUGCACUACUUCACACCUGAGUUUCUUCAAAAAAUUGUAGAUGAAACCAACUUAUAUGCAGUACAAAAAAACCCUUCAAUAUCUUUCACUAUUACUGUUGGGGAGUUAAAAAAAUUCAUGGGAAUUCUUUUAUUUAUGUCAGUAGAGCAUCUCCCUAGUGUACGCUCAUACUGGCAUUCCAAGUGUGGGUACGAUCCUGUAAAGAGCGCAAUGCUGGUAAAUCGGUUUGAGAUGAUUAGGAGCUACUUACAUUUCAACGAUAAUAAUAAACAUUUUCCGCGAGACCAUUCCGAUCACGAUCGCCUCCAUAAGAUUCGACCUGUGAUAGAACAGCUAAAUACGACAUUUUCAUCAGUUGCAAUAGACCAACGAUUUUCGAUAGAUAAGCAGAUUUGUUCAACUAAAAUUGCACAUUUCCUAAAGCAAUAUUUACCAAAUAAACCUCACAAGUGUGAAGAGUAUAAGCUUUUUGUUCUCUGUAAUCUUAUGGGAUAUGCUUACAAAUUUGAGGUCUAUUCUGGACAAGAAGAAAAAAAAGACAAACCAGCCGAUGAGCCUGAUCUCGGAAUAACAAAUAACGUCGUUAUAAGUUUGGCCAGAGCUAUACCAAGGAUGAACAAUUAUAUUGUAUUCUUCCAUAAUUUUUACACAUCCCUGCCUUUGGUAAAUUAUUUGAAUAAACAGGGAAUACAAUGUGUCGGAACUAUUCAGCAAAGCAGGCUACCGAAUUGUCGACUCCCUGACAAAAAGGAACUUAUGAAAACUUCUGUUCCGAGAGGUACAUAUGAGGAACUCGUUUCCCAUUCAGACGGAGAAGACUUUUCGGCCACCGCGUGGAAAGACAAUAAAGUCGUCACUCUUUUAUCGACUUAUGUUGGUGCUGAGCCGGUUGGAAACGUAUCAAGAUACGAUAAGAAGGCUAAACAAAAAAUUGACAUCCCUUGUCCCAAAAUUGUGCAAGAGUACAAUAUGCAUAUGGGCGGAGUCGAUCUGAUGGAUAGCUAUUUAGGACGCUAUCGGAUUCAAAUAAAGAGCCGAAAAUGGUAUUUACGCUUGUUUUAUCAUUUACUGGACCUCACUACAAUCAACUCAUGGGUGCUUAUGAAAAAAAAUCUAACUGCUAAAGGUGUAUCAAAAAAGCAACUGCCUAAUCUUGGGGAGUUUCGUAAUUGUUUGGCUGACACACUGUGUAAUAUAGGUAUGCCUGGUGGUAGUAAAAGAGGGCGCCCUAGUACUUCCUAUCUAGAACGCGAGCUUCAAAUAAAAAAGCAAAACGGUCCGCAACAUCCGCUCCCAUCAAAAGAUGUGCGCGUAGAUGGAUUCGAACAUUGGCCUGUAUUUGCCAAUCGAUUACGGUGCAAGGUGCCCAAUUGUAAGGGCACCACACAAUGGUCGUGUACCAAAUGUAACGUACCGUUGUGUCUAAAUCAGAGAAAUAACUGUUUCAAAGAUUUUCAUUCACUGCAGUAA